AUGGCUACUUCUAAUUAUAAUAAUAAUAAAAGCAAUGCAGACGACGUUAUCCCCUUAACAGAUCAAGCGUCUAGUAGAGGCGCAUCACCCUCCACAAGCGGUCCAUCUUCUGCUCAUAAUGCAAAUGGCAUCCAGCAGAAGAAGGGUGAAUUCGCUACUAGUGGUGUACAGCCUAAAUUUGCCUUGAAGCUCAAUAUCAACACAAUCGAUCAUGGGUGGUAUGGUAACAUGAUGAACGGUCUUGGUGCUAUCAUUGGAGGUUUCGGAUCGAUUCCAUGCUGUGUGUGCUGCCCUAACCCCUACAAACCCGUGAAGCAAGGCAGUGUAGGUCUUAUAUCUCGCUUUGGCAAGUUUUAUAAAUGUGUCGAUCCUGGUCUUGUCAAAAUCAAUCCAGUAACCGAAUCUAUUACAAGAGUGGAUGUCAAAAUCCAAGUAGUCGACAUUCCUUCUCAAUUCGUCAUGACAAAGGACAACAUUACCAUCAAGAUUGAUAGUGUUCUUUACUGGCAUAUUGUUGAUCCUUAUCAAGCAGAGUAUGGCGUACGUGAUGUGAGAAAGGCAUUAGUAGAGAGAACUCAAACGACGCUUCGUCAUAUCUUGGGCAGCAAAGUUUUACAAGAAUGUGUGGAGAACAGAGACUCUAUUGCUCAUGAAGUUCAGGAAAUUACCGGAAGAGUUGCUUCUGAGUGGGGUGUCAAGAUUGAAUCUAUUUUGAUAAAAGACUUUAAUUUCUCCAAAGAGUUGCAAGAAUCGCUCAGUGCCGCUGCACAAGCUAAGCGUACCGGUGAGUCCAAGAUCAUCUCUGCAAAGGCUGAAGUGGACUCUGCCAAAUUGAUGAGAGAAGCAGCUGAUAUUCUGAGCACACCUUCUGCUAUGCAGAUCAGAUACCUGGAUACAUUAAAUAGUAUUUCCAAGGCUCCACAAACAAGAGUCGUCUUUUUACCUCCAAGUGAUCAUGAAAAUGCUGCCGUCAUGAACUCAAAUGGUCAAACAACAUCGUUUGGUCCUCUUCAAGCUCAAAAUUACCUUACAAUAGGUAAUCACCAAUAA